AUGCCCAGUUUCAGUUUUUCCCUUGAAAGCAGCAGCUCCAUAAGGGACCCUGGCAGACACAGCCACCAUGCCUCAGAGCCCUGUCGAAGUCCUGGGGCCUUGGGCUCUGGCUCGGCUGCAGCCUUCCCCCAUGUGUGUGAGUGCCUGGGCAUGGUGCUGCCCCAGGGCUCUCAGCAUCUCACCUGCAGAACCCCAGCUCCAGGACUCAUCAAGAGGAGCCACCUGGUGCCACUCUCACUUCUCCCACGUGUGGACAGAUUUGGGGAGUUUUCCUUUGUCGUCCGUGAUUCAUAUUUCCAGACCUACUGGUGGUUAUACAAGCAGCAGCCGGAAGUCUGA